UGAAUAUGGAAUUCGCUUUCGUUUUGACUAUACUGUUUGCGCUUUUACUUCCCUACACCCACGCUGCGGCCUUCAAUUGCUCGGAACCACCCGAUUUGGGACGUUUUAAUAUUCACAGUUGCUGUCGUAUGCCAGAAAUCAACUUGGGUGAAGUGCCCAAAAAGUGCAAUACUUAUAUCAACGCACUCAAAUUGCAAACGAAUAUUGUGAGUGGAAAAGACAACAUUAGCCAAAAUGAAAAUAACAAAAACGAAAAGAGUAAAAGUACUCCGAUUGCUGCAGAAGUUGAAUAUCCAGCUUACGCCCACGCUUGCUAUCCGGAGUGUAUUUAUCGUGAGACAGGUGCUAUGGUCAAAAAUGAAUUCAAUUUGGAAAAUGUCAAAAAAUUCCUAAACAAAAGUGUCACUCAAGGCGACAAGGAUAUGGUGCCGCAGAUUGUGCGCUCUUUCGAGGCAUGCCUGGAUAAUAUCAAGGGUCACAUGGCAGCAAUGGGUAUCAAAACGUACGCCAAACUGCCGAUGGGUUGCUCACCUAUUGCCAGCAUAAUGUACAGUUGUGUAAACGCUGAAACCUUCAUCCACUGUCCCGCCAAGAUGUGGAAAGACGAUCAACCCUGCAAUGCAGCGAAGAGCUUUGCAGCACAAUGUAAUCCACUGCCGCACGUGCCACUGCCAAUUGGCUAAAGCCGCGAUGACGAGUGGAGCCACAUCCUGGGGCGGAGAGCAGAAAGUUGAUGAAAUUAUAAAUUUAGAUUUGCAAUAACUUUUUAUUAUGUACGAGUAUCAUCUUUAGACAUCUUUGAUGUUUGUUUUAAUAUAUACUUGUAAACGUG